GAGUAUCUGCAAGGAUAUAUCACUGCAAAGAGCAGCAGUACUGAAAACUCACACACAACGUACAUAUAUCCCUUUAAACUUCUGAGAGAGUGAGAGAGAAAAGGGGGGAAGAAGCAGAAAAUUAACAUGGAAUGGAGGAAAUAUUAUUUGGAUGUGAUGCUUGUACCAUUAGGAUUUCUGAUGACCAUUGGUUAUCAUGUUUGGUUAUGGUAUAAGGUUCGAACACAGCCUUCUUCCACCAUAAUCGGAAUCAAUACUCAUGGAAGACGCUUCUGGGUCCCUGCCAUGAUGAAGGACAUUGAAAAGAAGAACAUCCUUGCAGUUCAAACUCUUCGUAAUAUGAUAAUGGGAUCAACACUUAUGGCCACCACGUCUAUUCUCCUCUCAGCUGGCUUAGGAGCGGUCAUAAGCAGCACUUACAGUGUAAAAAAGCCUCUGAAUGAUGCUGUCUAUGGAGCUCACGGAGAAUUUAUGGUAGCACUUAAAUAUGUGACAAUCCUAACUAUAUUCUUAUUCUCAUUUUUCUGUCACACUCUGUCGAUUAGGUUUCUCAACCAGGUAACCAUCCUCAUUUGCACACCACAAGAUGUCAUGUCCAUGAUUACACCCGAAUAUUUGACUGAGCUUUUGGAGAAGGGAACUAUUUUGAACACUGUUGGCAACAGGCUUUUCUACUCAGCACUUCCUCUAUUGCUUUGGAUAUUUGGGCCUGUGUUGGCUUUCUUGGGUUCUGUCGCUAUGUUACCAGUGCUUUACAACAUAGACUUUGUUUGUGGAAAUGGGAAGGGAAAGAUCGUGAAGAAUGACAAAGGGAACGACUAUGUUUGAUGUAUUAAUUGAGCCUAAGAUUAAAACAUGAAACAGAUAGAGAAAAUAUGUGUAUACGUCAUUAGGUGCAUCAUUUACAACUUUAAAGUUGUAAAGGUGUUUUGUUUGUAUCUUUUAUCUAUCUUCCUCGUUCAACUGCACAAGCCACAUGCUGAAGAGCUUUCUUAAAAUAAUUCAAUUGGGACUGGCUUUUCCAAUGUGGCUUUGAUUGUGAUUACCAUUA